AAAAAAAAGCGAAAACGAAGUGCAUGCCACUAAAAACCCAAACCCACCUGACAAAUUCGCUUCUUUCAAAUGGAAUCUCUUACCUCUGCUUCCUCAACUUCUACGCUAUUGUCGCUCCGAUCCAAAUUCUCAAAGCCCCAAACACCGUCGGUCGGUUUUACCCAUUGGGUCAAGCCCAAGCCCAAGCCCAAGUUGGAGGUCCGGUGUGUAUUGGAAGCCAUGAACAACGCCAGCGCCGCCGCGGAGAAUGACAAGGAGGUGAAGCUGUGGGGUGGAAGGUUCGAGGAGAGUGUGACUGACGCGGUGGAGCGGUUCACUGAGUCGAUAUCUUUCGAUAAGGAGCUUUACAAGCAAGAUAUCAUGGGGAGUAGAGCCCACGCUUCCAUGCUCGCCAAACAGGGAUUGAUGAGUAUGAGUGAUAGGGAUAGUAUUCUUCAAGGUCUUGAUGAGAUUGAGAGGAGCAUUGAGAAUGGCGAAUUUGUUUGGAGAACUGAUAGGGAGGAUGUGCACAUGAACAUUGAAGCAGCGCUUACUGAUAAGAUUGGUGAACCUGCCAAGAAACUUCACACUGCUCGGAGCCGAAACGAUCAAGUCUCGACAGACUUUCGCCUGUGGUGUCGUGAUGCUAUUGAUAAGAUUGUUGCACGCAUCAGACAUCUUCAGGUUUCAAUUGUGAUUUUGGCAUUGAAGAACGAGGGACUUAUCGUUCCCGGUUAUACACAUUUGCAAAGGGCACAGCCUGUUUUGCUGCAACAUCUUCUCUUAGCAUAUGUUGAGCAGCUUGAACGUGAUGCUGGUCGGUUAUUAGAUUGCAGAGCUAGGCAGAAUUUCUCCCCUUUAGGUGCAUGUGCAUUGGCUGGCACUGGCCUUCCCAUCGAUCGAUUCAUGACUUCAGAUGCUUUGGGAUUCACUGCUCCCUUGAGGAAUAGUAUUGAUGCAGUUUCAGAUCGAGAUUUUGUGUUGGAGUUUCUUUCUGCUAAUUCCAUCACAGCCGUUCAUCUUUCUCGGCUUGGUGAAGAAUGGGUACUGUGGGCUUCAGAGGAGUUUGGAUUUAUUACACCAAGUGACUCUGUUUCUACUGGAAGUAGUAUAAUGCCUCAGAAGAAAAAUCCAGAUCCAAUGGAACUUGUUCGUGGAAAAUCUGCCAGAGUCAUUGGAGACCUGGUUACUCUUCUCACAUUGUGCAAAGGGCUUCCUCUUGCUUACAAUCGUGAUUUGCAGGAAGAUAAGGAACCUGCAUUUGACAGUGUAAAGACAAUUUUGGGGAUGCUUGAAGUGUCAGCAGAGUUUGCUCAGAACAUUACCUUCAAUCAGGAGAGAAUACGAAAGGCUUUACCUGCUGGUCAUCUUGAUGCCACCACUCUUGCUGAUUAUCUUGUGAAAAAGGAUGUUCCUUUCAGAACUUCUCAUGACAUAGUUGGAAGGUCUGUAGCCUUGUGCGUCUCAAAAGGCUGCCAGCUUCAGGACCUGCCUCUAAAAGAACUGAGAACUAUAAGCCCAUUUUUCGAUGAGGAUGUAUACGAGUUUCUUGGAGUAGAAAAUGCAGUGAAGAAAUUUAGCUCAUAUGGUUCCACAGGAUCUGAGUGUGUUGCCAGUCAACUUGACUACUGGGUUACUAAACUUGAAAUAAAAUGAAGCUGACUCUGGGAGUAAGUGGUGCUAGAGAUCACUUUGGGACUUAGAAUGGCGGCGCAGUGAGCAUCAAAGACUUAGCAAUAGGAUUUGUGUUAGGCAUCAAGAUGGUGAUAUAAACACUAUUUUUAGAUCAACAAUAGAGCAAACCCUUUGUUGCAUGGAAAAAGUUCUUCAUGAGUUAUAUAAUAAAUAUUGUUUGUCUUUCAAAUUAA